AUGCCGGAAGUGGUUGACUUGACAGAAGAGCCCGUGAGGAUCAGCUUUGAAGUCCCAGGCAAGCCAUUGCCUGAGAAGAGGAUGAGAUUGGGCAAGUAUGGUCUGUACCAUCCAGGAAGUAAAGAGAAGCAAUCAUUCAGGCAAGCAGUGAAAGAUCUGGUUCCAGCUACAGCCAGUGGAGUGGUGUUCCCUACUGGUGUGCCGGUAACUGUGGAGGUGCACUUCUGGAUGAGGAGACCCAAUACUGACUUCAAAGGCAGUAGGAGAUUGAUGGGCAUUCUCAAGAAUUCAGUUCCUUUUGUGAGACCCAUCAUUCCUGACAUUGACAAUAUGCUGAAGUUUGUGCUGGAUGGAAUGAACCGGUUGGUCUACCAUGAUGACAGCCAGGUUGUGAAAUUGGUGGUAUUGAAGCUACUGGACAAUGAGGGUUCCUGUGAGGGAAGGACCCAGGUGCAAGUGUAUCCUUAUAGUAGGCCCUAG